UCCUGUUUGAGCCAUUUCAUUCUCAGUCAGGCAAGUGCGCGAAUGGAUCUUUUGUAUUUACUAAAAUACGUCUACUGGUCUGCGUAUUUUCAAUUAUAUUUUACCUGUUCUAAGACUUCAAGCACUGACGAAAGCGAGUCGCCUUUAAUGGUUGAGGUGAAACGAACUGCAAAUCUUCCAAAAGAAGCAUCUUGCAACACGGUGUUACUACUUAUUUACCAGCCAAUUUCUUGAACGCUUUUUAGGAACUUGGGCAUUUCAGUUCGGUUAGAGAACUUCUGCAUAUCAUUUCGUUGGAAUAAACUAAAGGAAUGAAUUCUUCUAACGGAACCACCCCAGCUAAACAGCCUUACACAGACACCGAGAAGGUUGUGCUGAUCGUACUGUACGUCGCAAUCUUUACAGUAGCGCUGUUUGGCAAUUCCAUUGGAUUGUACGUAGUUUGUUUCAAGACAACCUCUAAGAAAAUACAUAAUCUUUUGAUAAAGAACCUGGCAAUCGCUGACUUGUUGAUGACAUUGACUAUCAUGCCAUACUCAGUGCUGUUCAUGUUCCUUGAGCCAAACCAGUGGAUUGGAGGUACUUUGGGGACAGUCACCUGCAAAAUAUUUUUCUACAUCAUACCUGUUUCAAUCGCUGCAUCCGUGACAACGAUGGUGAUCAUUUCUCUGGAUCGAUUUUGGGCCAUCUAUUUCCCUCUCAAUCAGGCCGUUUUCCAUAAGCAUAAAACAAUAACAGCGGCAAUAUGGCUAAUUUCUUUGAUUUUCACGACACCAUAUUUGAUACUAUACAAAGUUUUCAAGGUAGGGGAGGACUUUUAUUGUGCUCAAGACUGGCCUUGGGCAGACAACCCCAUAGAGAAUUAUUUGGCCGUGCGGACAUUCCACGUGGUGUUAUUUUUUUUGUUCUAUCCCCUUCCCCUCGCCAUUAUAACUGUAUUGAACACCAUCAUUGGUCGACGUUUGUGGUUCCACAGGAUACCAGGAAGUAUCUCCAGUUCUCCAAGGACACCCGUUGAACUCUCAAGGCGGAAAGUUGUCAAAAUGUUAGUCGUAAUUGUCUUGGCAUUCGCGCUGUGUUGGUUACCCACACAUGUGAUGCAUUACUUAAUGUUUUUUAAACAGGCUAAAAUCCCCACGUUGACAGCGAAUUUGCUUUAUUGGGUGUCGCAUGCAAACAGUGCGAUCAAUCCUUUGUUGUACAUCGUUUUUAACCGAGCUUUUCGUUUUGCAUUUAUGAACGCCUACGUUGCUAUGGUUAUGUCACCUGUUCACGCAAUCAAUGCUUGCGCAGGUUACAUCUCGGGAGAGCAAUCCGUGCCCGAACAGCAAACAAGCCAGCGCACUGUGAUGCUCUGUAAGCAUGCGCACUCGUUUCACGUGUCACCCUCUGGAGAAGGUGCACAAGACAAUGAAAAGGUAAACCAGGACACUAAGCUUUGAAUCUACGUGUAUGGAACGAAAAAAAGGUUAGGAGAGUUAAAUGUUCUAAAUGUUAUUUCAAUUACUCGCGCUUGGCUUGAAAAUCAAUUUUGAAUUGUACAGAAGCAAAAGGUAUAAACCAUCAUUCUCUUGACAAAAGUCGAUGAUCACACAAUUUUAUGGCAAAAAGAAGUACCAAAGCUUGAUCAAAUGUUUCCUCUAAAACAAAUUUCGUAAUUGUUCAUAAAUUAGCUCUACCGGUAUCAAUGCAAUGUUUGAGGUUACAUGAAUAAACGGAGAAUCCGGCUUCACAUGAAACAUGCCGCUCAUCUUUUGAGAUGAAUAAAAGGAUUUCUGUUUUACUUCAAAAUAAGUUUAAAGAGAUUCAGUCCAACAGUUGUUGAAUGCUACUGUUGAAACAUAUUCCUAUUUCUGUAUGGCAGAAGCCUACAAGAAAACGUUUUAAAAGAGCACUUUCUACGUAUUACUUUUUCAGUGUUAAUUACUAUGAUCUUAAUUUGACCUGAUAGUAUUUAGUUAUGUUUUGGUAAAGCUGUGAUGCCUCUUCUCCUCUCUCAUAUUUGUAUCGUUUUGUUGAUAUACAUGGAAAAGUGUAAUUGAAAUUAAGGCAUCUAAUUAGUUAACUCCGUAUAUGAUGCCGUUCUUCAUUUUCUCUCUUCUUUGUAAUCAUUAAAAAGGUUUGCUGUUGUUGAAAUGGAGGAAAAAAAAUAAAAAU